CACCAUUGAAAAGGGGUUUUGGCUACGUGGCGAGCUGGGGCGCUGACGGCCGCUGGGGAGGACUCACAUACUUCUCCCCACUCGUGAGGCAAUGGUCUAUGACUUCGGCUUAAAUGAUUCUUAGAAAUUAUCCGACUCUUUCAAUUUAUAGAUGAGAAAACUGAGUCAAAGAGAAACAGGCUGAGGGACUAUGGAGGCCAACACUAAGCUGGCCGUCGCCACUGUCUGCAGCAGCUUUGUCGUCUUUCAGGUUCUUUUCCAUUUUGUAAGUUACUGGUUUUCGGCAAGAGUUUCUUCAGGUUAUAACGAUCUUAGCAUUGAGAAGAAGAUCGAGUGGAACUCAAGGGUAGUAUCUACAUGCCACUCUUUGCUGGUUGGGAUUUUCGGCUUAUACCUCUUCUUCUUCGACGAGGCUACUAUAGCUGAUCCACUCUGGGGUGAUCCAACCUACGUGAACAUAAACAUUGCGACUGCUUCAGGCUACCUCAUCUCUGAUUUAUUGAUUAUACUUCUUAAUUGGAAAGUGAUUGGUGACAAAUUUUUUAUAAUUCACCAUUGCGCAGGACUAACUGCAUACUUCUUUGUAUUGAAAUAUGGAGUGCUUGCAUACAUUGCCAAUUUCCGCCUGCUUGCUGAGCUUUCCAGCCCCUUUGUAAACCAGAGGUGGUUCUUUGAAGCCCUGAAGUACCCCAAGUUUUCCAAAGUCAAUGUCAUCAAUGGAAUCCUUAUGACGGUGGUCUUCUUCAUCGUGCGGAUCCUUGCGAUACCUCCCAUGUAUUUCUACGUUUACUCCGUGUAUGGAACAGAGCCCUACAUCAGGCUUGGAUUUGUAAUCCAGGUUGUCUGGAUCUCUACGUGUGUUAUUUUAGAUGUGAUGAAUAUCAUGUGGAUGAUCAAAAUCACGAAAGGAUGCAUCAAAGUCGUCUCUCUCAUCAGACAAGAGAAAGCCAAGGAUAGCCUUCAGAACGGAAAACUGGAUUAAAGGCGUGCUGCAUCAGACACCUUGUUUCCAUAAGCCAUCUUCAUUCCUGUGUGCCGUCUGAUAGAAUGAGUUUCUGCGCCGCUCUGGUAGGCGGGAUUGUUACUCAUGGUUUCAGUGUUUUCUUUCCUCCUUUCAAGAGAAAAUAAAAUUGUUUUCACCCCAGGA